AUGGCGGGCUCCCCGCGGCGCCGCGGCCAGGCUUUCCAGAAGCGGCCAAAACGCCGCAAAACGCUUGGGCCUUGCCAGCAAAACCUCGCUCGGUCGCCUGCGGUCGUGCCCGGGCGAGCCCCGGCUCUCCGUGGCCGUGCUCCCAGCGCCCUGCUUUCGCAGGACCGCUUGAGGGAGAUGGUCCGGUCCGACCCCCCGUGCACAAAGCGGGGUCAACCAGAGCGGGCUGCUACGGGCAAGAUGGAAAUCUCGCUGCCCUCCAUGAAAUCCAUGUUAAUCAGUUUACAGGCAGGAGGUCAGCAGCCUGGAAGGUGGAACCACAAAAUUCAGGCAGACUGUGGAUCAGGCAAGCUUGGAGGUUGCCUUUAUUUGGUAGAUACCUUAGCAGGAGAUCCAGAGGUUCUUCAAGUAGAUGCUGAAACAUACUAUGAAAAACUCUUGAAGAAAUCGUCAUCCACUCCUGAUAUUUUUUCGAUCCCUGCAGGAGAAGAGGUUAAACUUGAAGAUUCCUGUGUGUGUUUUGUCCCUCUCUACCGAAAUAAUCCUACUUGCAGAAUGUUGCUGUUAACUGAUCCGAAGGAUAAAGAGACAGUUUUGGCAGUUUAUUUGAACCAGUGUUGGUGGCCUGUUGAAGAUGUAUUAAAGACGGCUGAUCCUUCCAGAGAUGGGCUAAUUUCAGUCCAGACAUUUCGAGAAAGGAUUGUCCUCUUUGUUCUGAACUACAUUAUUUUCGGAAUGCUGGAAGGGAGUUCAGCUAAUGAUGCAUUCUUUCUACCUCACUCUGCCACCGAGUGUGCCAAGAUACUCUGGAGAAAUGGCGAGGCUGUUGCCUUUUACUCGGUCAAGAUGAAAGGGAGCCUAUGUGAUGGUACAACCAGUCAAUGUUACUUGCUGCCGGUUUUGGAUACUAUAUUCGUCCGGAGAAAGUACAGAAGAGAUGGCCUAGGGAUGAAAAUGCUGCAUGAUUUCUGUCAGUCUUUCAUGGCUGAGGAUGCCUUGGGGAUCAGCUGCCCUAUUUCUGCUGCCAUGUAUCAAGUUUGCCAGAAAUUCUUGCAGACUUAUCCCGAGGAGCAGAAGCGACUGUGGGAGGUGGAAGCACCAGGAGAUUGGAGCCAGCGAGUGAAUAUCUGGUUGAAAAUUCAGAUGGAGUCAUCCCCUUCAGGAAAGGCUGAAGUGAGCUCUCACAUAGAAAAUGCUCAAACCAGUAAACCCAGACAAUCAGAUGUGGACCAGAUGAAUGAGAGCAUUGAAUAUAUUCCUGGUGUUGGGAAAGUGGCAGGAGGUGACACAGAAAAAAAAGAUGACACAGCAACAGCAGGGACUCUAAACUCACGGGGUCCUGAACAAGAGGACUUAGAACAAGGUGCAAGCAAUACUCAGCAAUGCAAAGGAUUCAGAAAAAGAGCAGGCCCCGGGGGCUUAGUUGGAGACAAGGCCACCAAACAAUUUAGAAUUAUACCAUAA